GUUAGAAACCCUCAACAGGUCAUUCAACGCAUUGUGUUCCCCAAUUUCCCAAAUAGUUCUGAUAAGAAAUAGCCUUCAGUAAAACUAUAAAUUCGAAAUAUCGCCGGAUAAAAAUACUCUAAAAAUGUUUAUCCUGACAUUUCCGUUCAUUUUUCUCUCGACAAUUAUAAAAAAUUCCUCAACCGAAAAUAUAUUAAAGACUCUGCCUCCUUCAAUACAAGAUGAAGUCAAUUUAACCACUCCUGAAAUAAUCGCAAAAUAUAAUUACUCCUCUGAAAGCCACAACGUUGUAACUGAAGAUGGUUACAUCCUGACCCUGCAUCGAAUCCUCCCGAAAAAGCCCUACAAAGGCUCAGUUCUGGUAAUGCAUGGGAUUUUGGCGUCUUCCGCCGACUGGAUAAUAACAGGGCCCCAACACGGCCUUGGUUAUCUCUUAUCAGACGAGGGUUACGACGUAUGGUUGGGCAAUGCCCGAGGAAACCGCUAUUCCAAAAACCACACAACUUUGAAUCCCGAGUCGAAAAAGUUCUGGGACUUUUCCUGGCACGAAAUCGGUUUAUAUGACGUGCCGGCAAUGAUCGAUCACAUACUUGAAGUCACAAAGCAGGAGAAAAUUUUCCACAUAGCGCACUCUCAAGGGACUACGACUUUCUACGUCAUGUGCUCACUCAGACCGGAGUAUAAUUCCAAAAUCCGGGCACACUUUAGCCUCGCUCCUGUUGCCUUUGUGAGUCACAUGUUUAGCCCGAUUUUUCAUGCAAUUGCAGCCGCGGAUGUCAUAGUUGAGAACGUGGCUGCUUUUAUCAAUUUGAACGAAAUUAUGCCCGAAGGUGGACUUGUCAGUACGUUAGGGCAAGAAGUUUGUGGGUUAAACACCCUAACUACGAUUUUGUGUAGCAACACACUUUUCGCAAUUUGUGGUUUCGAUUGCAAGCAAUUGAAUACAACGCUUCUUCCGCUAAUUUUAGCACACGUGCCUGCCGGUUGUUCGACGAAACAGUUGUUACAUUAUGGACAAGAAAUUAAUUCCGGUAUUAAAUUAUAUGAAAUGAUGAUUGUUAGAAAAAACACUCUUUUAGGCCAUUUUCGUCAAUAUGAUUAUGGCUUUUGGACAAAUUUGAAACGUUAUCACUCCCUUAAACCACCAGAUUAUGACUUGAGUCAAAUUACAACUCCCUUGUACUUCUUCUACAGCAAAAAUGACUGGAUUUCGUCGGCUUGGGAUGUCGGUAUUUUUGCUAAAAAACUUAGGAGUCUAAAAGGCAAAUUUCUAAUUUCCUAUGACAGUUUUAACCACAUGGACUAUUUGUUUGGAAUUGACGCCCGGAAAUACGUUUAUAACAAAAUUAUAAGUUUAAUGACGAGACAUUAAGAUAUUAAAUUUUAACAAAUA